AGCAACCAGACACUCUCCAUUGCGAGACUCGACUGUACCGUCAUCAGCGACGUCAGGAAUAUAAGGGGGUGGGCUGGAUGGGUGCAAGAUGAGCCGCAGUCGCCGGAGGUGGAGGAGGCAAGUGAGGAAUGCGAGGGAGGCGGGACUCUGUGGAAUCGGGAGAAGUAGAGGGGGCUGGGUAGAUCUGGGAGAGAACAGCUCCAAUAGCGAAGUUGGAUGCGUCGGUGGUGACGAUAAAUGGACGCAAUUAGUCAGGCAUGACGGUAAACUCGUAGUGCCCGAAACGAGAACGAAAAGCAGUCCUGGGCUGGUCCUCCUCGGCUCUGCGGAUCUGGUGAUAUCCGCUACGAAGAUCGAUCUUCGUGAAGAAAUGGUGGCCGGCGAGGCGGUCAAACAGAUCAUCCGCGCCAGGCAUGGGAUAACUAUUUUUGACCGUGUAGUAGUUCAGAUCGCGGUAGUCAAUACAGAGACGAAGGAUGUCGUCCUUCUUGCGAUCGAAGAGGACCGGGGCACUCCAUGGGGAAGUACUCAGUUUAAUGAAGCCCUGGCAAAGCAGCUCCUUAAGUUGGCGGUAGAGUUCUUAGGCUUCGGGAAUCGAAGGGCGAUAAGGGGCACAAUUCUGAAUGCGAUAGUCGGGUUAGAGCUGGAUGUGGUGCUCGAUAUCACACAUGGGAGGAAUGCUGUUGUAGGAGACGGAUGGUGGGAAAACAUCGUGAUACUCACGAAGGAGGGCACCAACACUAGGCGGCAAGGAAGAAAGAAGGGUGUCAGAUUCCUUGGUAGCGGCAGCGUAUUAAAAGAGUUAAAAAGACAAAAAAAAGGGUCGAGGGGGGUUGGGCGGCGGGGUAGAGGGGUCAAGGCGAGCCUCCACAAAGUCACGGAGAAGGAGGAGGAGAAGGAGGAGGAGGAGGUAAUCGAGGAAGAAGAGGAAGUAGAAAACGAGGACAAGGAGAAGGAAGAAGAGGACGAGGAGGGAGGAGAGCAUAACAAUGAUGAGGAGGAGGGGGAGGAAGAGGUGGAAGACGAGGAGGAAGGGCCGAGGUUGUGCCGCGAGGUGGGGAGGCAGGGUUUGAUCUCCUUGGAGUUGGUGGAUGUGAUCAUGGGCCAGGGUGAGCUGGCGUUGGAGCUCAGCAUUCUGUGUCCUGGGUGUAAGGGGGGGGGCGAAGGAGCGGGGGUUGAAGAGGGAGGUGCCGUGGAAAUUAACGCAAAGGAGGUGGCGGGACAAGAUGCCAUGGGUCCUGAGGAGGGAGGUGCAGGGGCAGAAACCUGGGAGGCAGAGAUGGCUGCAGAGGAAGGGUGGGACUGGGGUGAGGACAUGCAGCCCAUGGAAGAGACAAGCGUUGGGCCAGUGGCAGGUGGAACAAACGUAAAGGUUACCUUUGAUAUGGCUAUGAAUGGUACACUUGCGUGUCGAUUUGGGAUCCAAACAGUGCAGGUGCCUGGCUCUGGACGGAUAGCUUUCUUUCGGGCACCAGCUGGUCCUGGCCCCAACUCUAUUGUGAAUAUGUCCAUUACUGACACCCCAUCAAACAGUUCCAGCUUUGUAGACUUCGGCAAAUACUUCUACCAUGCGCCUUUAUCUGUGAAUGCAACGUUGCCGAGUAAAGGUCCAAUCCUUGGAGGAACGCGUGUCACAUUCCGACUUGCUGGAAGUCAUGGGUUGAAUGACUCAGGAGUGAUGCCUGCAAACAUUGAGCUGAAUGCCACAUGCCUGUUCGAUGAUGUCACGGUCCUCGGUGCGUUCUUUGGUGCCUAUGAGUUUCUGACGGAGCCGAGCAUCGUCUGCACAUCCCCAACAAGUGACGUUGGACGUGCGUAUGUGCAAGUCUCUCUAAAUGGUCAGGACUACUCUGCCACAUCAGCUGCGGCAACGUUCAUGUUCAUGUAUGUCCCGGAAAUGGACCAGGAUGCAGUCCAGAAUACUAGUCUGCUCCAUGAGAGGACAACUGAGCUUCCUUCAGAUUACCCAUUUCCUUUUUAUGGAGCGGAUGUCUCUAGCUUCAACAUGAGCGAAGCUGAAUAUCAGCGGAAUGACCCCUUCGUAAACGAGCAGUGUGGAUGCAAGGUCUUCUCCAAGAUCGAUCUCAAGUCUGGAUACCACCAGAUUGAAGUCGAUUCUGCAGACCAGCACAAGAUUGCGUUCACGAUAUGCGACAGGCUUUAUGAAUUAACCGUAAUGCCCUUUGCUCUCACAAACGCACCGUCCACUUUUCAAACUUUUAUCGACAAGCUCUUCCACGAACAAAUUGGUCUGUUUGUGGUUGUGUGUCUCGAUGACAUUCUCAUUUUAAGCAAAUUCAUGAAGGAACAUAUGAAGCACCUUGAGGAAGUGUUCACCAUCCGCAAGAGAAGGCAACUUCGUCUCAACUUAGAAAAAUAUGCUGUGGAUGAAGAAGAUAAACCGUUGUACCAGGCCCUGUAUCAGAAGGAAGUGGCCGAGGAGGAAAAAGAGGAAGAGGCUAAACGGAAAACAUUCGUUGAAAAUCUUGAGACUAUUUUUAAAAUAGUCUCAACCUUGCUUGAUGCAAAUAUUAAGAAAGAUGUGGUCAAGUAUUGCUUGAUCCUAGGGACGAACGUCGAGGCUGUCGCAAGGGGCUUCCUAGAAGUCCAGGCUAUGCAAUCUAGGUAUCCCAGGAUCGACUUAACGGAAUGGCUUAAAGUCACCCUAGCUGCCGCUCUCGAAAACAUACUAUUCGCGCAAUACAAAGACCCUCAUGCUGCAACUAUAGUAAGGAUCCAACUCGAUGAACUUAAAUGCAAAAACUGGUAUGACACCAUGCUCAAGUUGCAAUUGCAUGUCGACAAACUCUUCAAGUUGCAAUUGCAUGUCGACAAACUCUUCGCUACACCAGGAUUAGAACUGACAGCGCAAUCGUGCUUGGAUGUUGUUAAAGGUACGGUUCCGACCCAUUUCACCAAUCGCCUAGGCAAGGAUUUCUUUGGUCACACAGACAACUUUUCCUUGAUGAAGGAUGUAGUAAGUCUAGAGGCAGGAGACCUCCUUACCACAGCAAGCAACAAAAAGACCUUUGUUCGCGGACGGUUUCGUGGCAACAGUCGUCUUGCUGCGCUUGACUUGUUGGAGGUGGAAGGGGAGGCCAAAGCAGAUGACCCCACUCUUGGCGACGACCAAGAAUAGGACGCUGAUACCGCCUACUCUUCCACUCAAGAAUCCGAUAUCAACAAUGAAAAUGAAGAAGUUGGUGCCUUCAAAAGGACUGCCCAUACUAAGGGAAACCAAAACCGGAAUUCAGUAAGGAACUUCGUCGCACUCCCUAAGGGAGCCAAAAUCCCGGUCAAUCCGGAAGACUUAAGUGGACCUCCGGAUCAGUGAGGCUGAAUGGACAACUACAAUACGAAAGGAGGUUGCGUGCAUUGCCAAAACGCAAAUCAUAAGGUCCAAGGAUGCCUUAGGCUGUAGGGAAACCUGAAUCGGGGGUCGAGGGUUCAUCAACACACUCUACAACAAGGGAGUCUAAACCGGUCAGUUAAAGUUCGUCAAAGGAAUACGUCACGGACCAGAAGUCCUCCCUUGAAGCCCCAUCUUCUGCUGAUUCCAAAGCUAAUGAAUGUCAUGUUUUGUA